AUGACACCCUCGAGUGAAAAAGUUGCAAUUGCUCUUGUUGGCGGAGGCACGAUCGCGCCACUCCAUGCGCAGUAUCUACUCUCGUCUUCUACUUGCGCGUUGGUUGCACUUAUCGACCCCUUUCCUCCGGGCGAGAAUCUAGCAUCCCAGCUUGGAGUGCCUCAUUUUACAACAAUUCAAAAUCUCCUGGAGUCCUCUCCUCGAAUCCCCGAUGCAUACAUAAUUUGUGUACCAUCGAGUCUCCACGUCCAAGUGACCGAGGAUAUUCUCAACAGCGCUUCACCUAAAGUGAUACUGGUGGAGAAACCCUUCUGUACAGAUUCAAAGUCGGGGGAGCAACUUCUUGAGCUUGCUCAGCGAAAGUCUUGUGAGGUUCUUGUUGGUCACCACCGCCGUUUUCACCCAUCCGUGGUACGUGCACGUCAAGUCAUUGAAAGAGGUGACAUCGGCAAUAUUACUGCAAUAUCUGGAUUCUGGACCGCCAGGAAGAAUGAUGGAUAUUUCAGUCUUGCUGACUGGCGCUGUUCCCGCUCUGCCGGUGGUGGUCCUAUCUGGACCAACUUCGUCCACGACAUCGAUGUGUUGCACUACUUGACAGGAUCAAGGGUGGCUCGCGUUUGGGUGAUUGAAACCCGGAGUCGCCGGUCGCAUACAAACACACGGAGCGAUGAUCUAGUAGAAGAAGGAGCAGCAAUUAUGCUUCAGUUUGCCAAUGGGGUGGUUGGUACGUUCAUCGUGAGUGAUAACGUGGCCAGUCCUUUUGGAUGGGAAGCUGCAACGGGUGAUAAUCCACUCUACCCACCCACGCUAGUCAAGGUAGAUUCAUAUCGGAUCUUUGGGACCCACGGAACUUUGACAGAGCCCGACGGUAUGCUGUGGAAGUAUGAUGCCGAAUAUGCGACGAAGUCGGGGAAAGAGCUAGGAUGGAAUGUACCCAUGAAAAGGGAAGAGUUGAAAUGUUCAGAUGAAAUCCCAUUUCAACGGCAAGCAGAGCAUCUAGCAGAGGUUUUUAAAGGAGAAGCCAGGCCAUGUUGCUCGGGAGAGGAUGGAUUGAAUGCUGUGAGAGUGUGCGAAGCGGUGAUCGCUGCUUUAGAGGCCAAGGAUGGUCUUCCAAUUACUUUACAAUAA